AUGGAGAAGAAUCUACUAAGUAUGGAGAAGAAAUUAAGGAAGAAGAAGGUAAGGAAGGAAGAAGAAGAAGAAGUUAAGGAUGGAGAAGUAGUUUGGGAUGGGGAAGAAGUGAAGGAAGGAGAAGAAGUUAAGGAAGAAGAAGAAGAAGAAGUUUUGGAUGGAGAAGAAGUUAAGGGUAAAGAAGAAAGCAUGGAUGGGGAAGAAGUUUGGGAUGGAGAAGAAGUUAAGGAUGGAGAAGAAGUUUGGGAUGGAGGAGAAGUUUGGAAUGGAGGAGAAGAACCGAAGUAUGGAGAAGAAGUUAAGGAGGAAGGAGACGAAGUCAAGGAAGAAGAAGUUUUGGAUAAAGAAGAAAGUAUGGAUGGGGAAGAAGUUUGGGAUGGAGAAGAAGUUUGGAAUGGAGAAGAAUCUACUACGUAUGGAGAAGAAAUUAAGAAAAAAGAAAAUGAAGUUAAGGAAGCAGAAGAAGUUAAAGAGGAUGGAGAAGAAGUUAGGGAAGGAGAAAAAGUGAAGAAUGAAGAACAAGUUAGGGAAGGAGAAGAAGUUAAGGAUGAAGAACAAGUUAGGGAAGGAGAAGAAGAAGUUAAGGAUGGAGAAGUAGUUGGGGAUGGGGAAGAAGUGAAGGAAGGAGAAGAAGUUAAGGAAGAAGAAGAAGAAGAAGAAGUUUUGGAUGGAGAAGAAGUUAAGGGUAAAGAAGAAAGCAUGGAUGGGGAAGAAGUUUGGGAUGGAGAAGAAGUUAAGGAUGGAGAAGAAGUUUGGGAUGGAGGAGAAGUUUGGAAUGGAGGAGAAGAACCGAAGUAUGGAGAAGAAGUUAAGUUAGGAAGGAGACGAAGUCAAGGAAGAAGAAGUUUUGGAUGGAGAAGAAGAUUGCAACAAGUUAGGGAAGGAGAAGAAGAAGUUAAGGAUGGAGAAGUAGUUUGGGAUGGGGAAGAAGUGAAGGAAGGAGAAGAAGUUAAGGAAGGUGAAGAAGUUAAGGAAGAAGAAGAAGAAGAAGUUUUGGAUGGAGAAGAAGUUAAGGGUAAAGAAGAAAGCAUGGUGAAAGAAUUAAUGGUUGAGUUAAAGAGGGGGGGUGAAUUGAACUUUAUAAAACUUUUUCGCAAAACUUACUUUCUUUUGGAAGAAUGA